AUGAUUCAGUAUCGUCGGCCUGAAGGCGAAAUAUUCGCAUCAGCCUCAAAGACAUCACAUAAUUUGCUGGAUCCAGAGGAGAAAAGCCAUCAACUAAAGAGACACCAGGAAAGCUUUCUGACUCCAACAUCACGCUCCUUGAAAGGUACAAAUCUGGAAGUAUCUGAGACUGCAAGUGGUGAAACUAUUCCAAGCUCAGUUGCGGAUGAAAUUGCUCCCAACGGUUCAACGCAAACAUUGACUAAACCAGCUAGAGACACUGACCUGGAUUAUGCUACAAUGGUAGAAGCGGGAACGAAAGGAACGUCAGAAACGACAGUCUCCGGUCAAGCAAAUGGUGACCACAGUAAGAUUGAGGAGGUCCAUCCAGAGUCACCAAAGUCAAGCAUUCGAGAGCUGUUUCAACUUUCUCCAGUCUCUUCUGGUCGCAAAGGCGGAAGCAGUCUUGAUGCAAAGAUUUCUCUCCCUCAUUCGCUGCUCAGAAGCGCUCGAAGGCACACUUCACCCAUUACAGUGCCCAUUUUAAGGCUGUUUACUGAUGUUAGCCGGCCGAAAAGGUCAUUGGACCAUGGUGAAAUACAUCUGCAUUUGCAUCAUAAUCGUCAGUAUUCCUCAAAGCAUGCAACAUCUAACGCGGACCGAGCCAUGUCAAGUAUUGAUCUCCAUAAUCUUCGGAAGCAUUCGGGUCAAGAUUUCGCAAACUCCGAAAUAACCCGUAUGCGGAACUCAAUUAUCGUCAGGAGGAACAUCCAAAAGAGAAGAAAAGAAUUUCUUGAAGAUGAGAAGGUCAUCGUAGGAAAUAAGAUCACUGAGGGACAUCAGAAUUUUGUAAUGGCUUACAACAUGCUUACUGGAAUCCGAGUGGCGGUUUCUCGGUGUUCUGGAGUGAUGACAAAGCUAAAAGACGCAGACUUUAAGACUACUAAGAAACUAACCUUCAACAUGGAUGGAAGCGAAUUAACUCCCUCUUCAAAGUAUGACUUCAAGUUCAAGGAUUAUUGUCCUGAAGUUUUCCGUGAAUUAAGAUCCUUGUUCGGAAUCGAUCCUGCUGAUUAUUUGAUUUCUAUAACGGGGAAAUAUAUUCUUUCUGAGCUUGGUUCUCCAGGAAAGAGUGGCUCAUUCUUCUACUACUCACGAGAUUUCAGGUUCAUCAUCAAGACAAUCCAUCAUUCUGAACACAAACAAUUGAGAAGGAUACUCAAAGAUUACUAUCAACAUGUCAAAGAUAAUCCUAACACCUUAAUAAGUCAGUUUUAUGGAUUGCAUAGAUUGAAAGUUCAGGGUGGUAUGAAGAAGGUUCAUUUCAUCGUCAUGAACAACUUGUUUCCUCCCCACAGAGAUAUUCAUCUCAAGUACGAUUUGAAAGGUUCAACAUGGGGGAGAUAUACUAAUUUGACUACUGCUAAUGACUUAUCGCAAGUAACCUUGAAAGAUCUUAAUUUUCUCGAACGACAUGAUAAGAUUCGCUUCGGACCGGACAAACGGAGAAUUUUCAUGGAACAACUUGAAUCCGAUGUGAGACUCUUGAAGAAGAUUAAUGUUAUGGAUUACUCCCUCUUGUUAGGAGUUCAUGAUGUCAAAAAGGGAAACUCCGAGAACAUAACAAAGUUAUCAGUAUUUGACCCCAAAUCCAAUGUGAAGUCUGAUGUUUUCAAAACAAACCCAAGAGAUAUCAACAGAGUGGUCGAUCUCCCCAAAGAUGUAUUUCCUGGGCGGUCAAAGUAUAUUUUUUACGGUCAUGAUGGGGGUAUUCGAGCGACGAGCGAGAACAACGAUCCCCUUCCUGAAAUUUACUACUUGGGUAUUAUUGAUUGCUUAACUCAUUACUCAAUCAAGAAGCGCCUCGAAACUUUUUGGAGGUCUCUCAAGCACACAAGGGGUACAAUUUCCUCUAUUCCAUCCUCGGAGUAUGGUGAUCGGUUUUUGAAGUUCAUUAAAGAUGGAAUUUCAUCAGAAAAGCUCAAGAGCAACUAA